CUGCUCAUAAUGUCUUAUGUGAGUUCCUUUGAUACUGAUUUCAUAACGUCUUAUGUAAGUUAUUUGGUUUGGUUCACUCUGUUUGAUCUUGUUUCAUUACUUUGGCUCAUUUUAUGAAGUGAUAUAGGGGUGAUAUCUGAAGAGUGGUUCAAUGAGAUGAGGAACAAUGCAUUAAGUACAAACUUUGAAUAAUUGAGCUCAUUUUGAAUUUUCUUUUGGGUUAUUUGUAUCUCCCAUGGUCAGCUAAAGGUCUCAUGUAUCUACACAAUGAAGUUGAUCCUCCCAUAUUUCACCGGGAUGUCAAGGCCAGCAACAUAUUAUUGGACUCAAAGCUCGCUGCAAAAGUGGCAGAUUUUGGACUUUCAUGGCUUGCCCCAGUUCCAGAUAUGGAAGGCAUUGUUCCUGGUCAUGUAUCUACAGUGGUAAAAGGGACACCGGGUUACCUUGAUCCGAAGUACUUCUUAACUCACAAGUUGACCGACAAGAGUGAUGUUUACAGUCUCGGUGUUGUGUUUCUUGAACUUUUGACCCGAAUGCAUCCUAUCUCACAUGGCAAAAAUAUUGUUAGAGAGGUCAUUCUUUCAUACCAAGCUGGCGUAAUAUUUUCAAUCAUCGACGAGCGAAUGGGGUCAGUAACAAUACUGAUGUGGGAUGUUGAUGCAAUUAUGUGCAUUUCUUGGAGCAGUUGUCCCGAAUUGGCUUAAUAGUAACUUAAAAUUCUUUGCUGUGUUAUCCUUCCGGCGUGUUUAGAAUUUCUUCUACCGUCAUUCACUCUCAGCCAGUUGACAUUUUUUUUGUGCUCCAGUCAUGUUUCAUUGUGAUUCAACCAGCUGCAGCUUCUCUGGUGAUGGUGAAACUCAUUCAUCCCUGCAAGUCCUUAUACAUGCUAGCUGUUAUAAACUUGUUAUUAAGUGAAUUAUUUCAAUUGGUACCAUUAAGAAGUUUGACUAACAUUGUGUUUUGUUUCUGUUUGAGAUCAUUUCUAUAGAGAAUAUUCAACAAAUAAUCAUUGUUAUUAAGUGAAUUAUUUCAAUUGGUACCGGUUUCUAUCACUAACCUUUAGAUGUGGCAUGGUUUGUAUGAUGCAAAUGGUUGAAAAUCAAAAGGUUGAGGAGGAAAAUCUACAAGAUCAAAUACAAAUGGUUGAAGAGGAUAAGGACAUAGAAAUGUUGCCAAAAUGAAAGCCAAAGAAGAAGAAGAAGAAAACUUAUAUAUGAAGAAAGUGUUAUGACUUAGUUAAAAUAUAAUUUUUAUGUGUAUGAUUUUAUAGUACUUGAAAUAUUAUGACUGUACAUGAUUUUCUAUACUUUUUGGUUAAUAUUAAAAAUAUUUUGACUUAGUU